AUGAUGGGACGCGCUAUGGGAAUGGAAAGGUUGACUGAGAUAUCUGAUCGAAACAACCAAAUUCAAGAUUACAAUGCCAUGAAAGGCGAAUAUGACUUGCAACCCAGGUUUCGAAGGAAGUUCUUCCCUCCCGGAACUAAGGUCAUCCGUGUGAGACACAACAAGUUUUCGAAAAUGGACACCAAUUUCAAACCCGAAGUUUUUACAGUAACAGCAUCGUUCAAUAACGGUACAUGCCAACUUGCGGACGGUGUAGGUCGAUUGCUCAAAAGACGUGUCAAUAUUAGCUCUUUGAGACAAAUCCACCAACGUGGUUAA